UGCUCAGAAUUUCAUGUCGAAUAUGAAGAAGUACCGGGCUUGUGCGGCUUGCAGAUACAAGCGCUCAAAAUGUGUAGAGGAUUGUCCACUGGCCCCGUACUUCCCUUCACACAUUCCCCAACAAUACAAGAAUGCCCACAAGGUGUUCGGCGAUAGUCACCUCAUCAAGUUGCUCCGGAGCUUGCCCCCUCACAAAAGAAGCACCGCCAUGAGGCACCUUAUAGCCGAAGCCUUCAUCCGAGUCGCCGACCCCGUUGGUGGAAGCUAUGGUCUUAUAAGGAACUUGCAGCUCAAGAUUGCUGAGGAAGAGGAGGAGCUCCGCGUCUUGCGCAAUGUACUCACUCUGUUUCGUGGCUGUAUUGUUCCUGGUGGAUUUCUUCAUGCACUUUUUCUUCAAGAACAGGGCAACAACAUGUGUGUAAGGGAUGAAGUUAUGCCGGAAGAUUAUGUUCAGACCAAUUAUGGGUGAGAAGUAAGAACAUAAGGGGAAAGCGAGCAGUGUCAUAUCAGUUGCAAAUGGUGAAACAUACAUAGACCAGCCGCGUUU